CCAGGCUCCAGCGUCAUGUUUUACCUGGCAGCUGCCGUGUCGGAUUUCUACAUCCCCACCUCGGAGAUGUCCGAGCACAAGAUCCAGUCCUCGGAGGGACCCCUGCAGAUCACGAUGAAGAUGGUGCCAAAAAUGCUGUCUCCUCUCGUCAAAGAAUGGGCCCCGGAGGCGUUUGUUAUUUCCUUUAAACUGGAGACGGAUCCCUUGAUCUUAAUCGAUAAAUCGCGGCAGGCGCUGGAGAAGUAUCGUCACCAGGUGGUGGUCGCAAAUACCCUGGAGUCACGGAGAACCUCAGUUAUUAUCGUGACCAAAGACUCACAGACUCCGUUGUCCCUUUCUGAGGAGGAAAUAGCGCGAGGCGUGGAAAUAGAGGAGAAGAUCGUGAGCUACCUUCAGGGCCAACAUACCGCGUUUAUAGAGAAGAAAAUCUGA